AUGAUGUACGGAUGGGAGACUUGGGCAGCACCAUCAACGGUUAUAGAGAGGCUUGAUUGCACGGAACGAAAGCUGCUUAGAUGGCUACUUGGCUACUUUUGGCGUAGGGUAUGCCACAAUGAAGAUCUCUACGCAGAAGUUGAUGUGGUAUACCGGCGGAUGACACGUGGAAGUCAUCAACAUCUUCCACUGCCAUCGAAAGCUAAGGCUAAAGCAAAUCGUCUUUGUUUCUUUGGUCAUAUAUUAAGGAGACCGGCUGAUCGCCUUGUUCAACGAGUUCUGAGGAGUUUGUCGAGUUCGAGCUGGAAGAAGCCACAUGGCCGAAACGGAAGUUCUGGACUGACGUUGUGA